CUUUUUAUCUUCCAUUUGAGCUCUACUGUCCGUUCUUGUUGCAGGCCUGAAAAUGAAGCAUUGUAACUCGCCCUCAAUUUCAUUCGCACUUUUUCUUUGAACUCUCAUGGCUUCCAUUUCCACUCUUUCUUUCUCUAAUUUUUCUUUAUCAUUCAAAAACCCUUCAUCACCGACCAGACAUAAAAUCAAAAUCACAAAACUAAAUUUUCAAUCCCACAAAUCCCAUAAAAAGUUCCCAUUUUUGCACAAUUUUCGUGUUUUCAGCUUACUAGAAGCUUCAAAAUGCUACAAGCAUAACCGAGAAUCGACACUAGAGCUACCCUCAAGUCCAGAAAAGGGCUUAAUUAGAUGCAUUGCGAGAUCAAUAGUGUAUGCACUAUUUUGUAUUUCUAUUGGGUUUUGUUCACUUGGUGCAUUGCCAGCUCAAGCAGCUGUUGGGUCGGUUACUAGUGAAGUUACAGUGAAAAAGGAAGAGAGAGAAUUGAAUGAGGAAUUGUAUUCAAAGGGUCAUGAGUAUUCUGAUUAUACUAAAAGUUUGUUGGAAGAGGUAUCAUUGUUGUUGAAGUGUAUAGAGGAGACUAGAAAGGGAAAUGGGGAUUUGGAGGAAGUGGGAUUGGCGUUAAGGGCAGUUAAAGUAAAGAAAGAAGGACUGCAAGGGCAGAUAAUGGAGGGCCUUUAUACUGAAUUGAGGGAAUUGAAAAGAGAAAAGGAGAGUUUUGAGAAUCGUGCAGAGGAUAUUAUGGAUGAGUCUCUGAAGGUUAGAAGAGAGUAUGAGAAUCUAAGGAAAAGUGUCGAGAAAGAUAGGAUGGAGGAGUUGGAGGAGAGAAUGGGAGUGUUGGAGGAGAGAAUGAGAGUGUUGAAGGAAGAGUACAGUAUCAUCUGGGAUAAGAUUGUAGAGGUUGGGGAUGCAAUUUUAAGGAGGGAGGCAAUGGCCAUGAGUGUUGGGAUCAGAGAGCUUUGCUUCAUUGAAAGGGAAUGUGAGAAGUUGGUGAAGAGGUUUAACCAGGAAAUGAGGCAGAAGGGUAUGGAGAGCCUGCAGAAGAGUUCUAUUACCAAGCUUUCCAGGUAUGAAAUUCAGAAAGAACUGGAAACUGCACAAACAAAAUUCUUGGAACAAAUGAUUCUGCCUAAUGUUAUGGAAGUUGAGGGCCUUGGACCUCUAUUUGAUCAAGAAUUGGUGGAUUUUGCUGCACAUAUAAAACAAGGCAUUAAAGAUUCAAGAAAGCUGCAGAAUGAUCUGGAGGCUCGUAUGAGAAAAAAGAUGAAAAGAUUUGGUGAUGAAAAGCGUUUUGUUGUACUGACACCAACAGAUGAGGUCGUGAAGGGUUUUCCAGAAGCUGAGUUGAAGUGGAUGUUUGGAGAUAAGGAGGUUGUGGUUCCUAAAGCUAUUCGUAUGCACUUAUACCAUGGUUGGAAGAAGUGGAGAGAAGAUGCAAAGGUGAACCUAAAAAGAAAUUUGUUGGAGGAUGCUGAUUUUGGCAAACAGUAUGUGGCCCAAAUACAGGAACGAAUUCUACUGGAUCGAGAUAGAGUGGUCUCAAGGACUUGGUACAAUGAAGAGAAAAACAGGUGGGAAAUGGACCCAGUAGCUGUUCCAUAUGCCAUUUCCAAGAAACUAGUGGAGCAUGCUCGAAUAAGGCAUGAUUGGGGUGCCAUGUAUGUUUCACUAAAGGGGGAUGACAAGGAUUACUAUGUGGACAUUAAGGAAUUUGACAUGCUCUAUGAAGAUUUUGGAGGGUUUGAUGGGUUAUAUAUGAAAAUGCUUGCCCAGGGCAUUCCAACUGCUGUUCAUUUGAUGUGGAUCCCUUUUUCAGAAUUGAAUUUGCAUCAACAAUUUCUCUUGACAACGAGGCUGGCUCGCCAAUGCGUAAAUGGAAUAUGGAAUACUAGAGUAGUUUCAUAUGGAAGGGAUUGGGUGCUGGAGAAAAUUAAAAAUAUAAAUGAUGACAUAAUGAUGGUGAUUGUGUUUCCUAUAGUGGAGUUCAUCAUUCCUUUUCCGGUAAGGAUACGGCUGGGGAUGGCAUGGCCAGAGGAAAUAGAGCAAAGUGUUGGUUCAACAUGGUACUUGAAAUGGCAGUCUGAGGCAGAAAUGAAUUUUAAGUCCAGGAAAACAGAUGAAAUACAAUGGUAUUUUUGGUUUGUCAUUAGAGCCGCUAUCUAUGGAUAUGUUCUAUUUCAUGUCUUCCGAUUUAUGAAGAGAAAAGUUCCAAGACUUCUUGGUUUUGGACCCUUGCGUAGAGAUCCAAACUUGCGGAAGUUACGAAGAGUGAAAGCCUAUAUUAAUUACAAGGUGAGGAGAAUCAAACGUAAAAAGAAGGCUGGGAUUGAUCCUAUUACAAGAGCUUUUGACAAAAUGAAGAGGGUGAAGAAUCCUCCUAUACCAUUGAAGGACUUUGCUAGCGUUGAUUCUAUGAGGGAAGAAAUUAAUGAAGUAGUAGCAUUUCUACAAAAUCCCAGUGCAUUCCAAGAUAUAGGUGCCCGUGCUCCUCGGGGAGUUCUUAUUGUAGGAGAAAGGGGAACAGGAAAGACAUCUCUGGCACUGGCUAUUGCUGCAGAAGCCAGGGUCCCUGUUGUCAAAGUUGCAGCCCAGCAGUUGGAGGCUGGACUAUGGGUUGGUCAAAGUGCAUCAAAUGUUCGAGAACUCUUCCAAACAGCUAGGGAUUUGGCUCCUGUAAUCAUUUUCGUGGAGGAUUUUGACCUUUUUGCUGGUGUUCGUGGCAAGUUUAUUCACACUAAGAAGCAGGAUCAUGAGGCUUUCAUUAAUCAACUUCUAGUGGAACUUGAUGGGUUUGAGAAACAAGAUGGAGUUGUUUUGAUGGCCACAACUAGAAAUUUGAAACAAAUUGAUGAGGCCUUGCGGCGACCUGGUAGAAUGGAUAGAGUAUUUUAUCUUCAACAGCCAACUCAAACAGAAAGGGAGAAAAUUUUACUCAAUGCUGCUAAAGCAACCAUGGAUGAAAACCUCAUUGAUUUUGUAGACUGGAAAAAGGUUGCUGAGAAGACUGCUCUUUUACGUCCUGUAGAGUUAAAACUUGUUCCUGUUGCUCUGGAAGGUAGUGCCUUUAGGAGCAAAUUUGUUGAUACAGAUGAACUUAUGAGCUACUGCAGUUGGUUUGCGACUUUCAGUGCCAUUAUCCCCAAGUGGGUUCGGAAAACCAAAAUUGCGAGGAAGAUGAGCAGGAUGCUUGUGAACCAUCUGGGGCUAGAAUUGGCUAAGGAAGAUCUGCAGAGUGUAGUUGAUCUUAUGGAGCCAUAUGGUCAGAUAAGCAAUGGAAUAGACCUUCUCAAUCCUCCAAUUGAUCAGUGGACCAGGGAGACCAAGUUCCCACAUGCUGUCUGGGCUGCUGGCCGUGGUCUUAUCACACUUCUAUUACCUAACUUUGAUGUCGUAGAUAACCUAUGGCUGGAGCCAUGUUCAUGGCAGGGAAUUGGAUGCACAAAGAUCAGUAAGGCCAGAAAUGAAGGUUCACUGAAUGGGAAUGUGGAAUCAAGAUCAUAUCUUGAAAAGAAGCUUGUUUUUUGUUUUGGUUCAUAUGUUUCCUCGCAGCUACUGCUUCCCUUUGGUGAAGAAAAUUUUCUUUCUUCUUCAGAGUUGAGACAGGCUCAGGAGAUUGCUACACGUAUGGUGAUUCAGUAUGGGUGGGGACCUGAUGACAGUCCUGCAAUUUACUAUACUAGCAAUGCGGUUACAUCUUUAAGUAUGGGCAACAACCAUGAGUAUGACAUUGCUGCUAAAGUUGAAAAGAUGUAUGAUUUAGCAUAUCUUAAAGCAAAGGAAAUGCUUCAGAAAAAUCGUCGAGUUCUUGAGAAGAUUGUUGAAGAAUUACUUGAAUUUGAGAUCUUGACUGGCAAGGAUUUGGAAAGAAUUAUUGAAAAUAAUGGUGGGAUUCGGGAGAAAGAGCCCUUUUUCCUUUCAGAGGCUAAUUAUAGAGAGCCAGUGUCUAGCAGCUUUCUUGAUACGGGAAACGGACCAGGACCUGCUCUUUUAAGUGCAUCUAACUAGGAUGAAGGGACCACUCACUUUAUUAAAGGUGAAAAGCCACACUUUUCCCUGCUGAGCUCAGAUUACUUCUUCGUGUACAGGCUCCUCAUUAUAUAAAAUUAUUAUUCUGACCAUUGAAGUAUUAUGAAAACUAGUUGUACAGGGAGUAGUUUAAGUUGAGAAGAGGUUCGAUUUUUUCCUUCUCAACUGCUAGUUAUCACAGUGAGAAAAAUGUUUCCUUUUCACAUUGUAAUUUUGAUUUUUUGCAAUGAGAUGUCAAAUUGUAAAGGAUUUGUUUUGUUUGUUAUUUUUCUUAGAUACUAUAAUAUAAGCAUUUAGCUCAGGAAGUUACUGAUAUUACCUAAAUGUGCGUAACACGUCUAUCGUGUUACAUGUAAGAAAUUUCAAUCUAUACUUCAAAGAGCAUUUUGAUGCUAAUAACAAUAUUAUUAGCAGUUGAA